CGUGCGCGCUGCGCGCCACCUCAGUCCGAGUCGCAGCCGCCACCAUGCUGCUCCUGCCCGCCUUGGCCGCCGCCCUCUCCGUCGUGAUGCUCGCCGUCGGUUCGGUCAACGCCGCCGGCUGCGACCCCGAGGUGGGCUUCUCCUGCGGCGAGGGCCGCUGCAUCGACAAGAAGUACGUGUGCGACGGCAACAUCAACUGCAACAGUGGCGCGGACGAGAGGAACUGCACCGCGUGCGCCGCCACGGCCGUGUUCUGCGGCGGCCGCUGCGCCCACAAGUGCGACGGCAUCGCGCGCUGCGAGGAUGGCGCCGACGAGGUGGGCUGCCCCACGCGGCCCGUGUUCGCCUGCGACUCGCGCACCGUGCUCGCCUCCAAGCAGUGCGACGGCAUCAUGAACUGCGACAACGGCGAGGACGAGGAGGGCUGCAGCUUCCCGGAGGACUGCCGCGGCGGCGCCGUGUACUGCGACAACCGCUGCUGGCCCGCCUCCAUCCGCUGCGACCGCGUCGUCUGGUGCUCGGACGGCGCCGACGAGAAGGGCUGCCCCUGGUGGCCGAGCGCGUAGCGGCACCGCCCGCCGGACCGUGGAGCGACGGUUCGAAUCCCGCUGGACCCUGAGAUAAAUUUGUUUUGUCUGGACAAUGGUGGAGAGUGUGAGUAAGUGAGUGAGGGAGCGGCUGUUUGGCGCUGUUCCGUGUCGCCGUGGCGCUCCUCGUCAAGUGCAGUGCUGCAGACGCCCCCCUGGAGUGCGGCUCGCCGCGCCAUCGGCCAUCCCACGGGGCGCGCAGCACACCGCACAGCACGCCGCACAGCGCUGCACCGCCGCGUCUUUCGACAACGCUCUACAGCUGUAAAACGACACCGUAAAUUGUGCGCGCCUGCCGGCAGAGGGGCAGUCAGUGUGGGCGGGGCGGGGCGGGGUGGGGCGGAACGGGGCAGUAAUGAAAACGGAUGCCCGGCGUCCGUAAUGGAGACAAUCCCCCUUGCGGCCGUAUCCCCGCCGGUUGCCGUUGCCUCCGUUCCGUUGCCGGCCGGACCCCGGCCAGGCUAGGCCCGCUCCAUCCUCCAGUGCUCCAGCGGGCCGGACGCUAGAGCCUCCUGCCCCGAGCCUGUCCCGGAGCCCGUCCUGGAGCCUGCUCUGGAGCCUGCCCUGGAGCCUGCCCUGGAGCCUGCCCUGGAGCCUGCCCUGGAGCCUGCCCUGGCCGUGGAGACUGCAAACUCUGCACUCCCACGAGCGAAGACUGUAAAUUCAGCACCUCCGCAUUUUAAGAGUGGAGUGGUUUCACAGUGUGGAGCCCGUCCCGGAGUGACCACUGUACGUCCUGCGACUUUUCCCCGUGUUUACUCGAGACGCGUCGCCGGAGACGAAUACACCUGCUGGCGUGCCCACUGCCCAACCUGUCGA